CGCGCUGAGACGGAGACGCAGGCGCGCAAGGCGGCAGGCGCUGCUUCCGCCUGUGCUGGUGGUCUGAAUUGAAGCGCCUUGGCUAGGGGAAAAUGGAAACAAUUCUGGAGCAGCAACGGCGCUAUCAUGAGGAGAAGGAACGGCUCAUGGAUGUCAUGGCCAAAGAGAUGCUCACUAAGAAGUCCACGCUCCGGGACCAGAUCAAUUCCGAUCACCGCACUCGGGCCAUGCAAGAUAGAUACAUGGAAGUCAGUGGGAACCUGAGGGAUUUGUAUGAUGAUAAAGAUGGACUGCGAAAAGAAGAACUCAAUGCUAUUUCAGGACCCAAUGAGUUUGCUGAAUUCUAUAAUAGGCUCAAGCAGAUAAAGGAAUUUCAUCGGAAGCACCCAAAUGAGAGUAAGGAGAACACUGGAAUAAAGGGCUGCGUCAUGGAACUUCUUACAGACUUGGUGGAGUUCACAGAUGAAGAGGGAUAUGGUCGCUACCUUGAUCUCCAUGACUGCUACCUUAAGUACAUUAACCUGAAGGCGUCUGAGAAGCUGGAUUAUAUCACAUACCUGUCCAUCUUUGACCAAUUGUUUGACAUUCCUAAAGAAAGAAAGAACGCAGAGUAUAAGAGAUACCUGGAAAUGCUGCUGGAGUACCUCCAAGAUUACACAGAUAGAGUGAAGCCCCUUCAGGACCAGAAUGAGCUCUUUGGGAAGAUUCAGACUGACUUUGAGAAGAAGUGGGAUAAUGGUACCUUUCCUGGAUGGCCGAAAGAGACAAGUAGUGCCCUGACCCAUGCUGGAGCCCAUCUUGACCUCUCUGCAUUCUCCUCCUGGGAGGAGUUAGCCUCUCUGGGUCUGGACAGAUUGAAAUCUGCACUGUUGGCUUUAGGCCUGAAAUGUGGCGGGACCCUAGAGGAGCGAGCGCAGAGGCUGUUCAGCACCAAAGGGAAGUCCCUAGAGUCUCUCGACACCUCUCUGUUUGCCAAGAACCCCAAAUCAAAGGGCACGAAAAGAGACACUGAGAGGAACAAAGACAUUGCUUUCCUGGAAGCUCAGAUCUAUGAGUAUGUGGAGAUUCUUGGGGAACAACGACAGCUCACUCAUGAAAAUGUCCAACGCAAGCAAGCCAGGACAGGAGAAGAGCGGGAGGAGGAGGAAGAGGAGCAGAUCAGCGAGAGUGAAAGUGAAGAUGAAGAGAAUGAGAUCAUUUACAACCCCAAAAACCUGCCCCUGGGCUGGGACGGCAAACCCAUCCCCUACUGGCUGUAUAAGCUUCAUGGCCUGAACAUUAACUACAACUGUGAGAUUUGUGGGAACUACACCUACCGAGGACCGAAGGCCUUCCAGCGGCACUUUGCUGAAUGGCGUCAUGCUCAUGGCAUGAGGUGCUUGGGCAUCCCCAACACUGCCCACUUCGCGAAUGUGACACAGAUUGAGGAUGCUGUCUCCUUGUGGGCCAAGCUGAAACUGCAGAAGGCUUCAGAACGAUGGCAGCCCGACACUGAGGAAGAGUAUGAAGACUCCAGUGGAAAUGUUGUGAACAAGAAAACAUACGAGGAUCUGAAAAGACAAGGACUGCUCUAGUGGGCGGCUGCACCCGGGCACCCCAGAGAUCUGCUUUUUUAUCUUUUCCAACCAAAUGCUCUUGCAGACUUUUUGCUAUGUAGUCUUCAGUCUAGUGUGCAUCUUGUAGAAACAAGACAUGCUGGCAGUUUGCAUAAUUGAGAUGUGUUUUAUCUUUGUUUUAUAUUAAAAAGAUCUGUGGGAAAAUAAAA